AUGUCUAGCGAUAAACCAGCGGAAUUGAAAUUGUGGGGUGGUAGAUUCACAGGUGCUACUGAUCCUUUAAUGAAUUUGUACAAUGCUUCAUUACCUUAUGAUCAAAAAAUGUACUCUGCUGACUUAGAAGGUACAAGAGUCUACACUGCAGGAUUGAACAAGAUUGGGUUAAUCACUGAUGAUGAAUUGAAGGAGAUUCAUAGAGGAUUAGAAGUUAUUAAAGAAGAAUGGGCUAAUGGUAAAUUUGUUGAAAAAGAUGGAGAUGAAGAUAUUCAUACAGCUAAUGAAAGAAGAUUAGGUGAGAUCAUCGGUCGUCAAAUCUCUGGUAAAGUUCAUACUGGUAGAUCUAGAAAUGAUCAAGUUGCCACUGACAUGAGAAUUUUCGUCCGUGAUGAAUUAACUAAAAUCUUGGGUUUCUUGAAAGACUUAAUUUUAACUAUAAUCAAAAGAGCCGAGACUGAAAUUGAUGUCUUGAUGCCAGGAUAUACACAUUUACAAAGAGCUCAACCAAUCCGUUGGAGUCAUUGGUUAAGCAUGUAUGCUACUUAUUUCACUGAAGAUUAUAAAAGAUUAAAACAAAUUAUUGAAAGAUUAAAUGUUUCUCCAUUAGGUGCCGGUGCUCUAGCUGGUCAUCCUUAUGGUAUCGAUAGAGAGUUUUUGGCUUCCAACUUAGGAUUCCAAGGUGUUAUUGGUAAUUCUUUAGCUGCUGUUUCUGAUAGAGACUUUGUUGUGGAGACAAUGUUUUGGUCAUCUCUAUUUAUGAAUCAUGUUUCAAGACUUAGUGAAGAUUUAAUCAUCUAUUCAACAGCUGAAUUUGGCUUCAUUAAAUUAGCAGAUGCUUAUUCAACAGGUUCAUCAUUGAUGCCACAAAAGAAAAAUCCAGAUUCUUUAGAACUAUUGAGAGGUAAAUCUGGUAGAGUUUUCGGUUCAUUAGCUGGUUUCCUAAUGUCCAUUAAGUCUAUUCCAUCAACUUAUAAUAAAGAUAUGCAAGAAGAUAAAGAACCAUUAUUUGAUUGUUUAACCACUGUGGAACAUUCAGUUUUGAUUUCAACAGGUGUUUUAUCAACUUUAUCAAUCAAUAAAGAAAAAAUGGAGGGUGCUUUAACCAUGGAUAUGUUGGCUACCGAUUUAGCUGAUUAUUUAGUUCGUAAAGGUGUUCCAUUUAGAGAAACUCAUCACAUUUCUGGUGAAUGUGUUAAAAAGGCUGAAGAUGAUAAAUUAUCAGGUAUUGAUCAAUUGACACUAGAGCAAUUUAAAGAAAUUGAUUCAAGAUUUGAAGAUGAUGUUAAGGAUGUUUUCAGUUUUGAAGUUUCCGUUGAAAGAAGAACUGCUACUGGUGGUACCGCUAAAUCAGCAGUCAACAAACAAUUGUCCUCUUUGAAAGAACAAUUAAAUUAA